GGUGUUUAAGGAGAUACCUGGUCUGUCAGGGCUCAAUGCAGCGCUCGACUACAUGCACAUCAAGCACCUGAACACAGAUCAGUAUUGUCUCUCAGCAGUACUGUACUAUUUGACGCACAUAUGGCUGCCUGGAUCACCUGCUGAAAACGCUGUCCACAUUUGGAAGCAAGUUCAAGAAGCCUAUAAGGUUCUUGGGGUCAGUGACCGCUUCUAUGACCUCAGCAAGAUCAAUAUGUUUGUCAAAAAGAACACUUGCAAGCUCAAGGGCAAGGCAGCCCAGGUCAAAGGCCUGGUGUUGCCUUUGGCCCAUGUGUGGGAAGCACAUUACAACCCACAUUGCUUGGUCCAUCGCAAAAUCAGAGCAAUGCUCAUUGCAAAUGCUACCAUGGAGUUGCUCAUGACAAAGAACAAGAAGCUGACAGCAUUUCCAAGUGCUGAUGCCUUGAAGAUGAGGAACCAGUGCCAUGUGAUGGCACACCUUAUGUGGGACCUCUCUCAGCACUUUGCAGCUGAAGAAGGCCUUCCACAUAUGUUCAUAUGCACCUCCAAGCUGCACAUGCUGGUGCACAUCUGUGAAUAUACCCAGGCUGUACCCCCAAGACUCUUUUGGUGCUACAGUGCUGAAGACUUCAUGGGGGUCAUCCGCAAAAUUUGCAGGAAUUGUGCCAAAGGCACUCCCCCGCUUCAGGGUGGACAGAAAGCUUUGGAGCAUUGGCGAAUGCUCUUUUCUCUGCAGCUAGAACAGACCUGA